AAAUACAGAAUCAUCCAUCAUUAUUUGCUUCUUAAACUUUUUUAUUAUUCCACUAUUAACAAUAACACAUACUCCUUGUAUUUAUUUUAUACGAAUAUAAGAAAGUAUAGAGAUUAUGAUGAUGAAUGAUGAACAAUAACGUGGGAAGAAGAAUAAUAAUGAUUCAUAAUACCUCACAACAGUUCCGUCACCGUUCAUUUCCACUUCUUCCUCUUUACUUUGCUUCCAACGUUAACUUACUUCAUUCAUUUUCUCAACUCUUAGGAUCUUCCAAACCACUUUCUGUCGUGUCUCUCACAAUUUCCAUCCAUAACAAACUUAACUUACUCCUUUCUUUUUCGCCUUCACUUUUUGCUUGGUCAACAUUUCCAGAUAAACAAUUGGCAAAUCAAAGAAAGAAACAUGUUUACAGUAUGAACUAUGAACUUAUGAGAAGCAACAUCAGAAUAUAUGAUACAUGUUGAAGAUAUGUGGUCUGAGUUAGACUUUAGACCUCAGAAAGAUAAAGUAAAACUCAAAAUCAGCUCAAAGUCAGUUAUGCAGAGUGGUGUUUUACCUCAAUCCAAAUCAAGUUCAAGGAAUUCAAAUAAGUUGAAAACAAAAUCUGUUGUUGAGCCUUGUCAAAAAGCGAAACCGGAUACAUUAAGAGAGAUUCUUAAGCGUGAGAGUGUAAAGGAAAGUUCAACACAACAUGAAGAGCUUAUCAAGUACAUGUCGAAUUUGCCAGGUUAUCUCAAACGUUCCGAUAGAGGUAAAAACAUCCAAGAAAAAGCUUUAAAUUUCGGUGUACUCGAUUGGUCGCGCCUUGAAAAAUGGAAGAACAAGCAAUCAUCAUUCAAUUGCAGCCAAGAAUCAUCAUCAAGGGCUGCUACAACAUCAUCAUCUUACAAUGCUAGAAGGCAUAAAAAGCUUAAUGAUAAAAAAGGUUUGUGUUCUUCAAGUAUCAAAGGAUCUUAUAAUGAAACCUUUUAUGAAAGUUCCAAAUUGUCUUCUCAGAAUGUCAAACAAUAUAGAAAUUCCGGUAAAAGGAUCGUUGGAGGAGAGCACAGAAUGAGAUCAAUGGAAUUUGAGUCCAUUGGCAACAUUCAGGUAGAUAAGUCACUUCAAAAGCAGAAAAGGAAUUAUUAUGAUGAAAUAAGCUUGCAGGGUAUGCAACAGCAUAGCCUUAAGAAAAAAGAAAGAAGUUUUAAUAUCGGUUCGGAUAACCGAUUUCCAUCAAUGGAACCAAAAGAUAAAGGUGUCUCAAUUGGUUCUCAGAAGAAAAUGAGUUCCAAGAUUAAGAUGGAUCUGUGGCAUGAAUCUGAUACCGAUGUUGAUGAAAAGCAUUGUCAUAUCAUGCCAAGAGACAUUGUUUUGCUUCGUCCACGAAGGUUUCUGCAAUCGAAUUUCGAAGACUAUUUUAACCUUACUCAAUCAAAAGCUUCAUCCCAUGACGUUUUUUCAGAAUCAAGCCUUAGUAGUUCAUCAUAUAUUUCACUUCCUGAGGAGGCUUACACCGAAAAUGCAUGUUCAGAAACUAUACAUUCAAGUGUACUGCCUUCUGUGACAAGUCUUGCCUCUUCUUCUUCGGAAACAUCACGAGACAGUAUCGAUACUGAUCUCGAUGUUGAUUUUCCUUCUGUUCUAUCGAAGAAACCCAGUUGCUCGAACAAUAUGUCUAGUUUCCGAUCUGAAGAUACUUUCAUUGAAAAAGAUGUGUUAGACAUGAAGCAAAGAAAUCGGUGUUCCUUCAAUAAUAUGAAAGAAUCAAAAGACAGUGAAAAUGCUGAGCUAACAGCUGAGAGGGACUGGAAAAGUUCGUCUGAACGUCAGCUUAGCUUUGGUUUGAAUCGGAUAGGAAGAAGUUUGAGUUUCAAGGAAGGCCCUACUCUUCCAAAACAUAGUUCCAUGAAAGUUAGUACAAAGUCUGGUCCAUUGAUAUUUGAAUCUUCUAGCAAAGACAAGGUGAAUAAUGGUCAUAAGAGAAGCAAAUCCAGCACCUUCAUGAGGUUAUUAGACCCUAUAUGGAAGUAUAAGGCCUCAAACAUACACCAUUCAUCUGAAAAAGGAAGCACGAAUUCGACCGAAUUUAGAACAAACAAUCUAGACGAUGAAAAGAGCAAGGAAUCAUCAACUAAAGCACUUUUGCAGCUAACAAUAAAAAAUGGACUACCAUUGUUUCAUUUUGUGCUCAACACUGAAAGAAAGGUUCUUGCAGCUACCAUGAAUAGUUUAGCUUCGCCGGAGAAGGACGAUGGAAGCUGCUAUUUCACAUUCUACCUUCUUAAUGAAAUUAAGAAAAAGAGCGGCAGAUGGACAAGUCACCGGAGCAAAGAAAAGAAUUGUGGAUAUGAGUAUAAUAUUGCUGGACAGAUGAAAAUAUCUAGCUCUAGAAUCGCUGAAUCAAGCGACCGGAACUUCAAGGGACAGCGUUGUAUGGUGACAGAUUAUGUCCUAUUCGGGGUCGGAAAUGACCGGCUGGAUCAAGGACCAACAGAGUUUGUCAAGAGAAAGGAGCUUGCUGCUGCUGUUAUUGAGAUCCCUUGUGAAAAUGCAAAUUUUGAAGGACUGAUAAGGAAGGAAUGCUUGAAGUGCCUUAUGGCAGAUAAAAGAUGCUUUUGCAUUUCACAAGAAAAUGAUGUUUCUUGUAGUAGUGUUACAGUUAUACUUCCUGGUGGAUUACAUGCUUCGCCGAACAAAGGAGAGCCUUCGCCGUUGAUUCAUCGAUGGAAAUUGGGUGGAUUAUGUGACUGUGGAGGUUGGGAUGUUGGCUGCAAACUUCUUAUUCUCUCUAACCAGGAAACAAGUUCAAAUGUUCCAAUAAGUUCAAAACCUCACCUUGAAAGAUUUCAACUUUUUUCUGAGGAAGGAGCUGAGGAAGACACACCCUUAUUCAUUUUGGAGCCAUUGAAAGAUGGAUUCUACUCGGUUGAAUUCAGUUCAACAAUCACUCAUUUACAAGCCUUGUUUAUUUCUGUUUCUGUUUUAAGCAGCAAGAAACUACCAAGUUCCUUGGAAAUGAAUAAGAAGCAAGAGAUGAAUAAGGAAAUAAAUUCAAAGAACAAUGAUGAACUUGAGGAGAAAGUAAGUAAAUAUUAUAAAUCAGUUCCACCACUCUCACCUGUUGAUAGAGUUUAAAGUGGAUGUUUUUCUACCUUCAUAGCUAUGUGUUAUAUACCUCUAAGUAGCUGAGGACAGUAAGUGGAUUCACUGUGAAAUAUUUCUCCAUUUACUUCCUUUUUCUCUUUAUAGUGAUUCCACUGUCUUUGUAUUAUUGUAUUAAUUGUACAAAGGAACCACUUAAAUGGAUGAAUAAAACCAGUAGUGUUAUCUACUGCACAAUUUCGUCUUAAA